GGUUGGAACAGUGACAUCAAAAUAGACCCGUAAUCUUACAUUGCGCAGCUUCGGGCUAACAAUAUUAGAUCAGGACUGAAAAAUAUACUAAGAAAAAGAGAGAGAGAAGAAUAGGGAGCCGUAGAACACGUGUGGUGAGGUCAUGGCGGCCGUGUGGUUGCUGGGCGCGCUGGUGCUCCUGCUCGGCCGCGGCGCCGACGCUCAAGAUCCGAAGUGGUCGUGCAGUUUCGACGAGCCCGAGCGUCUGUGCGGCUGGAAGAUCUCUGGCGCCAUGGAAGCCACUGGAGGACGGGUCAUCCUCCGCGCCCCUCCCGAUCACAGAAGGGAAAAGGCCCCUGGAUGGCAGUCGGGGGAAGGCGGAGGCAACGGUAGGGAGGUCGGCCGCAUCGUGAGUCCGUCGCUCCCUCCGUCGGGUGAUUGUGAGUUGCGGUUGCACUACGCGUUGCACGGCCGGUCUUCCUCGUUGCACAUCCGGCAAGGGACGAAGCCGGAUGACGUCGACGAGAAGGAAGAGGUCCUUACUCCGAACCCAGACGCCGGCCGGUGGCAAGAGAGUGUUAUCCCUCUCGUUUCCGUCCGGCCUUUCGUGAUAAUAUUAGAAGGUCAAGUUGGCACAGACGGUCACGUGAUUAUCGAUGACGUAACACUAACCGGGGGAUGCGUCGAAGGUCUGACGUCAUCAUCACCUGCUGCGUCCUUUGACCUGGGUUCUCCCUGUGGCGAGACGCAGUAUAAAUGCCACUUUUCAACCGUGUGUCUCUCGUUAGAUCAGGUCUGCGACUUCCACCCCGACUGCCCCGACGGAGACGACGAGACAUCCUGCGGCACCACGGACUUCGAGCAAGACCUCGGAGGAUGGGAGGACACCAGCGACAACGACGAACGCUACGUGUGGUCGAGGGUCGCCGCCGUGGAAGCUGCGUACCCGCAUGGAACGGCGCCCUCGCACGACCACACGCUCGCCGACACGCAGGAGGGCUACUUCAUGUGGGCUCCGGGGACGUCCGGGGGUGACGUGAAUGCGGGACACACCGCCAUCGUACGCUCCCCCGCCAUAGGUCCUCCGAUUCUUCCCUGCAAGCUAGUGUUCUGGUACCACAUAGUUCUUGGAGGUCCAGAAAUACGUGUUAUUCUGGGCAGCGAGGAGGAUACCUGGUUAUGGGAAAAGUCGGUUUAUCCCUCCUCUACGUCCGAUUGGCGGAGAGCGCAGCUUGAGAUUGGAAACCACGAGGUUAAGAUAUAUAUCCGAUUCAUCAUCAACCUUGGUACAAUCACAACAGUUAGUUUCGAUGUUUGUGUCGACGAUGUUGUGUUUCAAGACUGUGCCCCUGAUACUCCGGCCUCUAAGGACCCUGUGAUCUGUACCUUCGAAGUGCCCUGCGAGAUGUAUCAGAGUAACAGCGAUGAUGGAAAAUGGUACAUUAACGAAUAUUUCGAACCCAACAAUUUCUGUCUCUCGACAACCGUGGUCACGACCGGGUCUCGCGUGAUCCAGACUUGGUGGCGGCUUCCGUCGGAUCAGUUCUGCGUCUCCUUCAGGUACAUCGUGCAGGAGCGAACGAGCCUGAGGAUUCUCGUGGCCACCGAGAACACCACGACCGAGGUCUGGAAGCGGAAGCACAACGGCAUCUCCGCGUGGAGGACGCAGCACCUGCAACUGUCCAGCGAAGUGUUGUACCAGAUUCACAUCGACGGCAUCAUCGAGAUGGAACACGACAAUGCUGUGUUCCUGGACGACGUGAAGAUCAUGGAGGGGCGCUGUCCGGCCUCCUCCACCUGCACCUUCGACGAAGACUCGGAAACGUGUUUGUGGGAGAACUUCAAGGACGAGACCGCGACCGCCGACUGGUCUCUCGGGGCGGGGGAGGAGGCGAGGCCCGACGCCCCCCCAACCGACCACUCCUGGGGGUCGUCGCAGGGCCACUUCCAGUACCUGCCCCGUGGGAACGACCAGAACGACCAGCGCGGGUUCCUCAAGAGUCCCGAAUUCACCAGCACCGCGCCGGAGGGAGAUUGCUUCCAGUUCUGGUUCUUCCUGAAGUCCACGGGUGAAUUACCCGUCGGCGAACUGGGCGUCCGACUCCUGACGGACGGAGAGGUCGGCGAGCGGAUCUGGCAGCACGAGUACGCCGCGCACGAGGGCUGGCAAUACGGCGAAACCACCGUCGGCCACGAGCAGGACUUCAGCAUCCUCCUGGAAGGCCUGCGUCAGAGAGGCAGGGAAGGCAUCCUGGCCUUCGACGACCUGUCUGUGGAGCGAGGUCCCUGCGACGCCCCCGGCACGUGCAGCUUCGAGGGCGGCAUGUGCGGGUGGGUCGACGAAGACUCCCUCGAGGGCCACUACACGACCAACAGCUGGCAGUGGACGCGGGCGGAGGACCCUGAGAACGGCCCUGUGCUGGAUCACACUACUUACUCGGGACAAGGUCAUUACGUGUUAGCUGAUGUGGAAGAGUGUUAUAUCUCUGACUGUUACGCCAAUCUCGACAGUCGUGAUAUCAGGCCAACCAAUGACACCUACUGCUUGUCUUUCUAUUAUAAUGCACGGCACCUGGGUGAAAACAACCUGUUACUCAUAGAUGUCGUAGACGUAGAGAGCGACCUGUCCAAAAACAUGGGCGUCCUUAAAUACACCGCCGAUGAGGAGACGUGGCUCAACCAUCAGGAGAAGCUCACUGACAUCACCUACCUCUUCCGCGUUCACUUGCAUGUCAGAGCCUACAAAGAUGCACUACCAGAAAAAGGUAUGCGAGAGAGUGUGGGUUAUGAAAGGGCCAUGAGCAAUUGGUGGAAAACUUCUGAGGGCAACGAAAAACUUGAGGCACCAGGUUAA